AUGCGCAUCCUGGCUAUGCCAGUGCCUUCGAUUUUCCUCGUCUUCGCACUCGAGAUGUUAUUUUUCGAGGCCAUGUACGUCUUCGAGCAGCCCGCCCCGUUCCGCAUUUCCUCCAUUCCGAAAGGGGACUUAAUGCGUCCCGCCCUCUAUCCGCUUCUAGAAGAUAUCAUUGCGGUAGAUGGCCAAGGAGGAACCAGGUUCAGGGAGCGCCUGGAUCAGAGAUACAAAGCGAGCCCACCAUUUCGCAGCAUGCUGCACAGAGUGACAAUGCUAUGGGCUGUUCCUCAAGUGGUGGUAGCCGGGGGGACGUUGGCAGGGAUUUUUAUUGCGGACCGUGAACUGGCUUACACGCUUGGCUGGUCUGUACCUGCUAUUUGGGCAGGACUCUGGGUUGUGCUGACGGUAAUCUGGAUUGGGGUGGAGUUGAGGCGAGAGAGGCACUACUGGAGGAGCUUGCGAUUGACCCAGGAGUUGCAUGGAGAGGCAGAAUGCAGCAGUUCGGUCGCCGUAGAUGCUAUCGAAGAUGCCACUUGA